AUGGAGGUUGACGAUGGCGAUGCUGAUGACGACUGGGACCCUCAAGUGGCACCCGGCGUGGUUCUUCGACCUCACAUAAUUCGGUGGACUCCUGACGCUGGUGAAGGACCAGGAGAUGGGAAGGCAGACAAUCUCGAUGCUGAUCCGUUGCAUGAUCCAGAUGCAGAUGAUCAAGACGAGAAGUGGGUUGCAGAUCAGCUGCUCCAGCCAGACACGAGCAAUGUCAAGACAACGGAUGCUGUGCUGAACUGCCCUGGCUGCUUCACGCCGGUAUGCUACCAGUGUCAACGCCAUGAGCAGUUCACUCGCCAGUGGAGAGCCUCGGAAGUCCGAAACUGUAUCGUCGACAAAUCCGCCGCACUCUCCAUGGCAAAGGACGAUCCGGCGAAAUACUUCGCAGUUCGAUGUGAGACUUGCAAUGCAGACGUAGGGCUUCAGGAUAUGGAUGGUAUAUACCACCUUUUCCACGUUCUGGAGAGCUUGGCAUGA